GCGCGCCCUCUCCGACUGCUCAGACGGGACUGCACCUGUCCGCCGGAGAAGAGGAGGGAAGUUGAAGUCAGCCAAGCCCACGUGCUCAAACAAACAAAAUACUUGCGCAUGCUCCUCCAGAUCUUCAGACAUGCGCCCUCGCGCCGCCGGAAGUACUUUUGUAGUGGCUGGCCUUCACGUGGAUGGAGAUGGAGACUGAGCUGGGCGGUAGCGCCGGACCCGAUGCGGAUCCGGGCUCUCGAAGCUCCGGCUGCAGCCUCCGGCACUUUGCCUGCGAGCAGAAUCUGCUCUCCCGGCCCGAUGGCUCCGCCUCCUUCCUGCAGGGGGACACGUCUGUCCUGGUUGGAGUCUACGGUCCGGCCGAGGUCAAAGUCAGCAAGGAGAUCUUCAACAAGGCCACCCUGGAGGUGAUUCUGAAGCCCAAGAUCGGGCUGCCUGGAGUGGCAGAAAAAAGCAGGGAGCGGCUGAUCCGGAACACGUGCGAGGCUGUGGUUCUGGGGACCCUGCACCCCCGAACCUCCAUCACCAUCGCGCUGCAGAUCGUCAGCGACGCCGGCUCUCUGCUGGCCUGCUGUUUGAACGCAGCCUGCCUGGCCCUGGUGGACGCCGGUGUGCCCAUGCGGGCGUUGUUCUGUGGGGUCACCUGUGCCCUCGACCCGGAUGGGGCCCUCAUCCUCGACCCCACAGCCAAGCAGGAGAAGGAGGCCCGGGCCAUCCUCACCUUCGCCCUGGACAGUACUGAGCAGAAGCUGCUGAUGUCCACCACCAAAGGCCUGUACUCUGUGGCUGAGUUCCAGCAGUGUCUCGCCGCGGCCCAGCACGCUUCCCAUCACAUCUUUCGCUUCUACAGAGACUCUCUGCAGCGCCGCUACUCCAAGAGCUAGGUGGGAGCCAGGCCCGGCCCCCCGGGAACUCGGCCCCUCUGGAGAGGAGGGGAUGCAGCUCUGGGCACUGCUGCUCUCCCACCCUACGUUCCCCGGGAAGAUGGAGAUGCAGCUCCUCGGUGUGGGGGAGUCUGGAGGGGCUUGGGUGAGGGCUCUGGGGACACCCCUGUAAGCCUCAGUUUCCCCCUCAGUGCGGGUGGGGCAUUGGGCCUCCAGACCCUGUGAUCCCCUUGGAAGGAAGCCCUUUUGUGUUAUGUCCUGAAGAAUGGAGCAGAAGCAAGCAUUUUUGGGGCGCCUACUGUGUGCUGAGAAUCUUGCACUGUGGCAGCCCUGGGAAGGAGGUGAACCUGAGGCCUCCCUGCAUGGCCCCUUUCCCCCACCCCCCAAGAAGCUCCACUUUGCUGGAGGGAUCACCAGGCUUGGGGCGCUUGAAGAGGUGGAGAGAACGACUUCUGGGGGGAGAAAUCUGAUUCAAGAAUCUGCUUGUUUGUGUUCUCAGUGCCUGGCACGCAGUAGACACUCAAUAAAUGCUUGAUGUCAACUAAAA